UCUGUGGUUCUGAAACCAGCUGUACUCUUUUCACUUCUAUGGAAACCUCGCGGAGCUUCCUAAGUUUACUACUUCACAAAAUGUUGCCGCGAGCAGUCCUUAAGAAACAUCUCGGGAUUUUGAAAAGAUUUUUGUGGAGUUUUUGACGCUAUCAUGGUGUCCAAGGAAAUUGUAUUCCAGCGAGAUGCAACCCGGGAACAUAUGAAGGAAAGCCUUCAAGAAAAUCAAGCUGUCACUGAACUGGUUUUCAAAAACUGCCAAACACUAUCUUCAGAUGAUGUUAUAUCUCUUGUGGAAGACAUAAACCCUGACUUGGAUGCAUUGUCAGUCUACAACUGUCAAUUAUUUGACGAUGAAUCUGCCAUCAAGAUCUCAGAACAUUGUACAAAGCUCACAAGUAUUUCUUUUACUGGUUUCUGUCAGGGACUGUCUCCAGCUGGAAUUGCUUCAUUUGUGAAAAACUGCCAAAAUAUAAAACAUGUGACAGUUAUGUCAACAGAAUCUGCAGAUGACAUCGAAAGCAGUAAUAAUGAUGACGACAAGAGCUGGUCUCUUAAUGAUGACCUUUUUCUGUCAUUCCUUGAGAGGACAGAUUUGGAGCUUGAAAGUUUGGUGCUUUCCGGCUUUGACAAUAUUACGUCAAGUGGUUUAAAACAAUUCUUGGAUCAUGUUGCAUCAAGUCUCAGGUCUUUGGAUCUCAGUGAACUUCUUGCAGUUACGGAUGAGAUUAUAGAACGAUUGGGUGACAUUUGUCAAAAUUUAGAAGAUGCUUGUUUUAGCCAUUGCAAGUUGUCUGAUGAAGGAGUAAAAGGAUUUUGCUCAAAAUGCACGACACUCCAAUCCUUAAACCUCAGUGGUUGUCAGGAUAUUUCAGAUGAUUCGAUUGUAGCACUGUCAACAGAGUGUACUUCUCUGAAAAGAGUACACCUUAGUUGGUGUGUGAAAUUAACUGAAAUAUCAUUAGAUUCUCUGGUCACAAACCGUCAAAACUUGACAUGUGUUGACAUGUCGCAGUGUGCAAUUCGACACUUGCCAUUUUGCAUAUUGGACCAUUCGUCACUUCAAGAACUUAAAGUUGAAGGUUGUGCAGGGUUGAGAUGUCCGCCACUACAGGUGGCAGUAAAUGGGCUUGAAUCUUGUCGCAAAUUUCUGAAAAAGUGUAAUCUACAGUCUCUAUGUCGAAUGACGUUCCUUGGAAAUCAAGGAAGCGGGAAGACAAGUUUAAUGUUGAGUCUUCCCACAAUGACACAGACUUACGCUGACACCUCAACUGAAGGAGUUCAUGUUGCAUCUUGGAGACCUUUUAAGAGUGGGAAAGAAUCUAUUGAUCUUGGAACCGAUGUUGAUCAAAAGAUGCUGUCGCUCACUGUUGACAUGUGGGACUGCGGAGGAAGAGCAUGCCUUCAAGGUGUCCACCCUCUGUUUCUGUGUGAGCAGUCACUUUAUGCCAUUGUGUUUAACGUGCGUGAUCCAUUCAAGAUUGACUCUGUCAUACACUGGAUGCUACUGAUGCGAUCAAAGGCGUUGGCCUCGCCAUUCAUCCUUGUAGGAACACAUGCUGACAGCAAUGAAGAUCGGAGCGCUCUUGGUGAUGAAGUCCUUCAGGCUGUCAAAAAGGCAGAUGACAACUGCAGACAAGAGUUCAUGGCAGAAAUAGACAUGUUAAAGGAUCUGAGACAAGAAAAAUGUGUGGAAUCAAGAAUUAACAGACUGCAGAGCCUUGUCCAAAACUGGUCCAGACUACCAGAACAAGUAUACUUUGUGAGCACAUUGAAAGGAAAGGGUAUGAUAGAACUACAACAUGCUGUUACUCAAACACUGAUGGACAGCAAGUUGUUCCCUCAUUUAGCAGAAGACGUCAGCCGAAGUGUUAUCUACCUCUAUGGCGCAAUUCUUCAGUUGCGUGAAAACCAUGCUGUGUUGGUUUCCUGGGAUCAUUACCUUCAGCUGGCAUCAGAUGCAGGUGUUGCAGAGGUAGACAUUGAACAAGCAACGGCAGUGCUAGAGUUCAAGGGCUGCAUCUUGGUACUCAACAUUCCACCAUCCUAUCAAGACCCAAACCAAGGCCCUUGUAAAACAGUGUGUGUGGACCCCAGUGCUCUCCUGAACUGCAUGGCAGGGGUCCUUUGUGAGACAGACCCCCGUGAAUAUGUCCCUCAGUUUGUCAAGGCUGGCAAGGUGGAGAAGUUCUGGCCAACAGGGGCGCGGCCUAAUGAAUGGACCUUGAGAGCAGCUAUUGACGAUAUAGUGACCAAAGGACUUGUGCGAGAGUCAGUGGUGCCGCUAUGUUUUCAGAUACCUUCGCUUCUGGAUGAAGAGGAGCUGCAGAAUAUUAUCGCUUUGUUCAGGAGUCUUGGGUUCCUGGUUGACGGUGCUCCCAAGGGAAAUUAUGAUGUGGAGUUGGUUAUGUCACAGUACAAGUCUUGCUCAGUGUUCAAGAGAUACUAUGUUCCACUCAUGACUAAACUUCCAGCAGAGUUAAAGGAUGUAACUGUUUGGCCCACUUCCCUCCCGGAAGGCAACAUCCAGGUUGGCUGGCGUUACAAAUUCCGCGACCACGUCACUGUGGACUGCACCAAGAUGCUGAUCGGCGCAUGCGCCAAUUUGAAGCCAUCUUGUGAGAUCUGCGCCUAUUGGAACUCGGGUGUCAUUCUGAAAGUUGGUCCCGUGACUGUGAGAAUGUCACGUGACGACUCGACUCUAGACGUGAUUGGUCGGUGUAAAGUCACCAAUGGCAGUAAGCAGGCUCUGAACAUGAUGUGGUUUGUUUUGGCGAAGUUUUUCUAUGGCAUUGAAACCUUGUUGAUGAAUUUCAAGGGGAUUUGUCCUAUGGUGAUUGUGCCCAUUAUCGGCUGCAACAGACCGAAGCACAAACCACUGUACGAGCUUGUAAGUGACUACAAUUCACAACUGAGCCAUCAUACCAACUACCGCUGGUUUAUACCGCCCGCAGCUUUGGACGCGGACGAACACACAGAGAUUCCUGCGGAUACUGUCAAUUGGCUCGCUAAUAUCGCACGUAAAUCCUUGUUGUAUAUUAGUUAUCACCCGGACCAACAGCACGAGGUCAAACUACUGAAACAGUUUUUGGACUUGGCCGGAUUCGACUGCCUGGGAGACUGGAUACUAGCUGGUAAAACAGGUCAAGAGCUGAGUGAAAGGCGUCGAGAUAUCAUCACGGGAUCUUCGUUAUUCGUAGCGUUUAUCACGCCACAAUAUCUGGACUGGUCGCGUGCUGUACAGGAUGUGAACACAGCUCUGUCCCAAACCAAGCCACUUGUCUCGGUUCUGUUUGAUAAAUCCACUUGGCACCCUGAGGGGCAUGAAUUAGGGGCCCUGCUGAAGAGUCACGGAGUGUGCCUAGAUUUGAGCGCCGGUUCUGGAAGUGCUCUCUCGCACCAGUACGAUCAGGGACAAGUCAACGAACUUAUCAGCUACUGUUACGGUGCUUUGUACGGGACUGGGGACAUACACCCCCCUGAGCCACCCCGGACACCGGAACACGAGACACAGGUGUUGAACAACGCUAAUCUGGAAUCGUCGACAUCGGUCGACUUGAGAACAGAGACGGCAUCCGCUAAACCGAACAAAAACGUGGAGUUUACCGACAUCGAGAACGACAAAACGGACAAAAUUGCUGAAAACGAGAACCUUGACGACCAAAUUAGGCGCAUGGCCGCCAGUGCGGUUGCCGCUGCUGUCGCGGGCGCCACUGCCAAGCAGAUCUCCAAUUCGAAGCAUUCCACGUCAGCAAUUAAGGCGGCGUCGGCCGCCGCAGAAGUUGCACAAGCCGUUGUAGACGGCAACAGUGAUGCAGCGGCACAAGCGGUGUCUAAAGUGGCAAGAAUUGUUGAGGACGAAACCUCAAGAGUGAACGCUACUUCGACGCAAAAUGGCUCAGUAACCAGGCCUCCUCCUAAGAGUGCGACCUGCGUGUUGUUAUAGCUUGCAGUCACGUGGUCGUUGAGUUCUCGUACCCAGAUCCUUCCUGCCUUUAAACGAUUGUGCCCCAGUGGAUCUUGGCACGAUAAUGUCACGUAGCACGAUUGGACGAGUUUUUAAAAGAGUAUGCUAUAGUUACAAAGAAGACUUUUAUAACUGCGGUUUUUUUCUAGAGAAAACUGAAACCCAUACGGAUUUAUGAAGUAAAAACCCGCACGUUCCAGGCGUUAUUUUGCGGACAGGGGAUGGCCAGUGAUCACAAGCUCCUUUGCUUCAAGCUUGGAAACCUCAACAAGUAAACUUGCUUUGCAAGGAAACAAAAAUUGUGAAUUAAUUCUCCCAAGCAGUGAUUGUCGAGAAGCAAGUUUCAUGCGAUACUAAUUGCUUCUAGUGUGCGGUAGUGUCACGGAAUCAAAUGUGGCGUGACUACCAUGGACUAUUUUCCGUCCCGUUGCUAUGACCACGCUAGAGAUUGAGCAAAAAUGGAUUGUGUGACGUUCUACAAAUGACACGUAUGCCGCGGAAUAACUGUUAAAAUGGUUGUGUGCAGUAGCUCUUGAUUUCUCAGGCCGGAUAGAAGACAAGAACCGUGGAGGUGAACGCCGGAAAGCAUGAAGGUUUACGAAACAUUGCCUGUAAACAUAAACACUAUGAACGUUGGCGAAAACUCAUCAUAUUUUGCAUAACUAGUGGUUAGAAACAAACUCGUCGCUCUUAUAAGGAAAUUAAAAUUUUCCAGUUCGUCGUUCGUGAACUCCCUUAAUCAAUCGGUUCAUUAUUGCUUCUUCAGUGUUGUUGUUGUUUUUUAUUUUUCCUUUGGAGUGUUUCUCUCUAAGAUGAUUGGCUCUUGAACCUUUAGCCAAUCAUAGCACAAGAUACUGUGUACUCAGCCAAUCAGAUGUUAGAACAAAAAUUCAAUCGUGGUCACGAUUUCCCGCCCUUUUCGGCGGUUUCGUAUUUUCCCGCGCUUGCCACUUGUCACAUAUUUCCCCGCAUUGCAACCAUAU